GCCAUAAGUAUAAACUAAAUAACGACCAUGUUAUAGAGCACAGAUAUAGGCCGAUCGUCAACAUAAGCAAAAAACGCAAAAAAAAUUUAUUCGAAUCUUUUCACGUACUCAAGAACUGUUUGAUUCCUUGCGUCAUACUAUUCAACCGUAAUUGUGGUGGAAAAACCUGUUCUUACUCCCUGAAAUUCUUACUCCCCGAACCAUAAACGUGAAAAUUUAAUUUAAAACACGCAAAAACCGGCAUGUAGAACGGCGUUCAAUCAUAACAUUAUCAUGCCGGUUUAUGCCCGGCCUUUGGAGCAGUGCGAAGCAGGAGACUGUUGUCCGUGUUUUCACUGUAACGACGGAAGAGUUCUUGAUCCAGAUGUCAGCUGUGCCAUUACUAAUUGUGGCGCAAGUUGCGGAAAUAAUGUUCUGGAGCAACUCCGCUGUUUUCUCAAACGAGAAGCGGAACGGCGUGAAGCCCUGUUGUUUAUACGGAGUCAAAGGGACGCUUACAAGCAAGCGCAGCGUCAGCACUGGCAGCGCCAUCUGCGUACACGCUACCGAGACAUUGGGUGUCGUGUAGCAAAACGGCCGCUUUUAUGCGAACAGGUGAUCGUACCACCAUUUGGAUCACGCUCGUGUGGCGCUGUCCAGGAUUUCACCUGUUGCGGUCCCACCGAAGAGACCAUCAGUGACCGCGUUCAUACGCUUCUUGGUGCUACAGACGACGACGCCCUGCCAAAACACGAAACCCUGGAUAAUCCUCUGACAAUGGCCAGUGUGUGUCAGUACUGCUGCACGAAGACGGAAAUCCCUGUUUAUUGCCAUCUGGAUCCGGUACGGCUGGCCAAACGGACACCGCGUAUGAAAGGUUGUUUUGUCCAUGACAAACGACAACGGCGGAGUCUGCGCUAUUCCGUACCGCAUUCCGGAAAGAAAGUUACAGUCAUCACUCAGGACUGUCCGAUUCAUGCCUUCAAAGGAACGAGAUCCAACUGGGAUGGGUGGAGUUUGACCGGCUCCAUAGCGGGAGGGACCAUUGUCGAAGCGAGGGAAAUUGUAGAAGGUAUUAUUGGAGAUGCCGAGGUUGAUUAGCCAGCUUUUGAAUGAUCCAGAAGAAGAGGGGCGGUUGGUAUGGCCGAUUUAAGAUACCACGGAUUUUAAACGUCAUACGAAAAAGCAUUCUGGACGUUCAGGAUGCAUCAAAGCACCACAUGAACAGCAAUAAGUCGCCCCUCACUGCGAGCUGACAUCCUGGGAAAACUUAGUAUACUGAGUAUUUAUUAGGACUUGUUUCUACUGAGAACUGAUUGUACGGUUAACACUGUUAACUCGAGUAGAUUUCCUCAAGUGUUAACACAGGUAUUUUAGACUCGGUGUCGUGCAUGUCGGUGUCGGUCAUCUUGUGGAUAAACCGAUCGCAUUUUUCGUCCCAAUUGAGAAACAAUCAUUAUUCCAAAUAUGCUAAGGUCCGUAGUC